CUUGUGAAAUGUAUAAAGAAAAGAUAAACGUCGUAUCUUGCCAAUUCAUUAUCAGUGCCAUGUCCUCAUACAUGUAUUUGAUAUAAAUGAAUAACAUGUUUGAGCAAAUUCGGAAACUUGUUUUAGCUGUGGUAAUUGUCCAUUGUGUGGAUAGCUUUGGUACGAAUACGACAUAUAUUAUAACAGUAAGAAACACAACAAUAACAGCAGCAACAACAACAACAAUAGCUAACACAAAAAGUACAACAGACAUAUCAGCGAUAAAUGCAUGCAGUUCAAACCCAUGCGUUAGAGGUAUCUGCUACCACUCGCACACAACACAAUAUCAUUGUGAAUGUCCUAAAGGGUACUUUGGUAAAAAUUGUGAAAUAGAUGACAACGAAUGUAUCUCAGAGCCAUGUCAGAACGGCGGAAGUUGUAUCGAUGGUGUCGGAACCUUCUUGUGUCAGUGUAGACCAGGAUUUACGGGAGAUUUAUGCCAGAGAGACGUCAAUGAAUGCUCACGGUUCAUCACUCCAUGUUUCAAUGGCGGCACCUGUGUGAAUGGAAUUGGUAAAAUGUCUUGUCAGUGCCCUAUUGGUUUCGUUGGCGAAAGAUGCCAGGAUGCAAUGGAUCCUUGCAUACAUAGUCCUUGCGUACGUGGAUCAUGUUUCUCACAUAAAUCCCAAUUUGUCUGCGAGUGUCCAUCCGGGUACGACGGAAAGUUGUGUGAAACUAAACAGUCAAAACAAACCAUAGUGGGCCCCAGAGAGGAAUUUAUCAAAAUACCGUUGGCUGAUCCAUUAAAUUUGAACUGCAGUGUUUCGGACAGUACUAAUAGUUACAACACAGUAUUUCAAUGGCGAAAAUCUAGAGGAUGCUAUCAGCUUCACGCUAAUGACAAUAAUAAUUUUUGGAACAGAGUCAGAGAGCAUUAUUCCACAUACCAGUUGCCGCAUGCAGGUAUAGGGGCAGCGGGAACGUAUAUUUGUACAGUGGAACAGAUGAAGAAGUAUUUCCAUGUUGACAUCGCAUGGUGUUCAGAGAUAUGUACGUUUGAAGAUCGUGCUUUAUGUAAAUGGGACGAUACCGGAUCUUAUAUUUCAUGGCGGGAAGAGCAUGGACGACUUGAUGAUCAUUCCCUGGGAACUAAAAGUGGUACAUAUAUGACAGUACAAUCGGACACUCCUGGGACAAAUGACGCAAGCGCUUAUCUGACGUCAGACAAUUUACCAGCCAAUCAAACAAUUUGUUUUGAAUUUUGGUACCGGAUAUCCUUUAAUGGUUCUGGAGCAUUGUUGAUGUAUCUUCAGGUAUAUAUCUUUUUUUAUCUUUAGUUAAAAUACAACUCU